GGAGAGAGGAGAUUUUCAUAGAACUAUCUAUCUAUCUAUCAAUCCAUCAUGGAGGGAAUAGAUUCCAGCACAGAAGCACCUGGGUUCAAGCUAUUCGGAGCGAUGAUCUUGAUGGACGUUAGACAAGCGAAGGAAGAAGCUAAAGGAGGUGGGCCACCAGAUAAACGGCCCCAAAAACCAUUACCAUGCCCCCGGUGCAAGUCCAUCGAUACCAAGUUUUGCUACUUCAACAACUACAACGUCAACCAGCCCCGCCACUUCUGCAAGGGCUGCCAGAGGUACUGGACCGCCGGUGGGACCCUCCGUAACGUUCCCUUUGGAGCCGGCCGUCGUAAGGCCAAACCAGCAUGCCAUGGCUCAAUCGGAUUCCCAACCGAUUGCGUGUUCGAUCCAACGGAUAUGAAGGAGUUUGGAUUGGAAGGGGUGAUCGAUCGAUGGCAUGUAUCAACCUCUAGGACACCCAAGAGGCCUAACAGCCGUUCAUCUGGUCAAUUUCGUUGACUUUGUUUUGGUUUCUUGCAUUUGAAACUCCAACUGUUGUACAUACAACCUGUGAUUAUUAUAUAUUAGUCAUGUAAUUGAAAUCUUAAUGGUGUA